CCGCCUCUUCUGAUGUUGAGCGUGUACACGCCAUGACGUCACAGGGCAUGAAACAAGAUGGCGGCGGACCCGGAGUCACUGAUCCGCUUACGGCAUCAGUUCCGAGCGGAGGCACCUGCUGCAGUUCCCAGGGAAUUUGUGCGGCCUGGGGCAGGAGAUUUCGAAGAUGAGGAAAAGAAGAAGGAAAAGCCCCCACUUCCUCGAUUUAAUAUGCACUCUCUGUUCUGGAUUUUAUCGUCAAUCGCAGUGACAUAUUAUGUUGAAUUUUUUUCCACAAUUAAAACAGAUUACCGAAUAGAAGGUCGAUGGUUCCUUUUAGGCACCUCACUACUGAUAAUUAGCCUGCUGAUUGCCUUCUACUGUAUCUUCUACCUGGAAUGGUACAGAGGGAUCGGAGAAUAUGAACAAUAUAAUCCUACCCUGGUUCCUUCAGCUACAGCUUCUUUCAUUGCUGCAGCAGUAUGCUUUAACAUUGCACUGUGGCCUGUGUGGUCUUUCUUUACUCCUUUUAUCCUUUUCACACAAUUUAUGGGUGUCGUAAUGUUUGUAUCAUUGCUGGGAUGAUGUUCUGCAGAGCUCAUCUUGAUGUUUCCUGUAAAUAAAGAACUUAUCUUUCAGUGGCCUGCAUUUUUACAUACAAUAUUCAAGCAAUUGAAGUGGAAUGCUUUAGUUCAAUAAAUUUCACUGAUGUAAUUUUUUUAAAGUAAGCAUUUAAGCAUAAUUUAUCCAUGGUCUAUAAUUAAGGUGGCAAAACAAGAUUGCUUUUAUUCAAGAUAAAGAAAGUUACAAUUGUGUGAUAUUUUGUGAAUAUUGUGAAAGAAUUCAAUAAAAUCUAUUUGGCAUAUCACGAACAAACAUUAAAAAAAGACCUUAAAAGACAACUUUAAAAUUGUCUGAAAUUAGAGCAAUUGUAAAUUAUCUUAGGUGACUUUGUUGCCAGUGAAUGAGGCUCCCUGAUGGCAUACACUACCAAGGAAAAUUGCUCCAUAUCCCUCCUCUGAUAUGAAACAGAACCCAAAUGUAUCUUCUAAUUUGUUCUCCAGUUUUUCCACUCCUGUGGUAGCAAUCUAAAACAUACAGAAAAGUAACUUCAUUCCACCCCUUUGCAAGUACCCUUCUGAAUCAGCAGUCAUACUAUUUUACCCCAUCUUUCCUGUGAAGCAACACCUGAUCAGUACUUUGUUUUAGUGGGUGAAGUGCUCUCAUGGCUGUUCCCUUUAUAUUAAUUUUAAAUUAAAGAGCAGUUUAAAAAAUUGUCUCUUUAGAAAUGCAGUACCAACUUAGAAUGUGACAGCUCUUGCACAUCACCCAUUGACUGUUAUAGAAUAGCAGAGGCUUGCAAGCAAGUAGUUUGCUUGUUUUUUCUGCCAGAAAUGAUGCAGAAAGAUGUACAAAACAAAAUCUUCAAGCUAUUAAAUGCUUGAAUUUUAUUGUAUGUGCAUGGGAUGGGGAGUGUUGGUGGUAUAUAACUGAACAAAACAAUGUGCUAAGAAUUUGAGUGCGUUUUAAAUGGCCUAACUCCGUGAAAUAGUAUGCAGAUUCUUAAGCAUACAGCAUGCAUAGUUUGAUAAGUACUUUUGUUAUCAAGUUGUAAUAUGCCGUUUAAAUUUAUAUAGCAUUUGUAUAAUAUAUUAAAACCACUGGAACAUUUGUGUACAAACUAGAUGAAUUAUGUGCUUUGGCUCUUGUUUAAAAUGUAUAUGUUGCCAGUUUAUUCCUCAUGUUUGAAUAAAAACAAAUAUUAGAAAACCACAAUGCCUGCCUUACCUAGUAAUACAGUACACUUACAGUAAUUACAUCUAUUGUAAUUUAAUGUGCAUCUGAUUUUUUGUAUGGUUGUUUCACAAAAUAUGAAUAAUUAAAUGUAUUGAUGAUCAAA